ACACUGGAUUAGUUGUCAAAUAUAGUUCGUUGUUCUUAUGUCGGGUUAUAACUGUUUACUGUUUAUUUAAGAUUUUAAAAAGGGUAUAUUUUAGCUUGUUAUGCAUGUGAAUGUUGUAGACUAUUUUGAUAGUUGAUUUUAAUUAUAAGUAAGAAUUACAAUGGCGAUUCCACCGUUCCCAUCACAGGAUUUAGCGAAGCUUGUUCUGGGUUAUCUUGCAGAGGAACAGCUUAUGACUGCUUACGAUGAAUUUCUCCAAGCUAGUCCCUAUUUAGACGCUCUUAGAAAUGAGUAUGACAGGAUAUUAAUGACAUCUCUUAAACAUAUUCUGGCGGAGUAUCGAGCUGUUAAAAUUUACGUGGAGACAUGUAAGCCUUUUGCACUAAGAAAGAAAUUGCUACAAUGUUACAAUUUAUUGGAAAUGGUGAAAUUUCUCAUUCAAAAUGUUGAUAUAAACAAGUUAUAUGAACAGGAGCAAACUACUGAAAAAUUGAGUUUUACAAAGAAUGUAAAUAUAGUGCCUCCGAGUAACCCAGUGCAACCAAAUCCCCAGUCAACAAGCCAAAUAGAAAAUUCAACAUUGGAUAGUUCUGUGGAGACUACUUCUUUGGAAGAUCUUCCAGGAAAUUCAACCAUUAAGAAAAAAUCGAUUAAACCAUUUGAUACAGAAACAAAAAACUCUCAUCUUAAUAUUGAUUGUGAAAGUAAAAUAUGUCCAGUAUCACCCGCUAAUGUGAAUACAACUUUAUUGACCGAAGUGAAAAAUGAUACAAGCAAUCAACAAGGAUCAAAUAAUGUAGAUUUGGCGAAAUGCAUUAAGUCUGAAUCAGUACAAAAAAUAGAAGAAUUCAACAAUAUAUUGGAUUAUGUAUGUAAAACUGGAACUGAACAAACCUCAUAUCCAGUUACAAACAAUGUCACAAAUGAAAACCAAAGAUUAUCAACAGCUGGGACAUUCCAGGACUUUGCAACUGGUAUAUAUAGUAAUGGCUCAGUUCAAGUAUCUUAUAAAUCCAAUAUACCUAGUGAUAACAACGCGCAGGCGCCUUUAAUAAGAAAUGCUAGUAACACAUAUGUAAAUAUUGGAAGUUUGACAAAGGAGGAGUUAAUGUCCAAAGGUCAUUUAGUACUGACAGUCGACAGCAGUAAAAACGCCCAAGGGUUUCCUUUGAUAACUACUUGCUCUCCAAAAAUAACCCAAAGUAAAAAAGUGAAUGCCAGAAAACGAGAAGAAAAUAAAAUAAAAAUCUUAUCAGAUGUUAUAGUGGAUAAAUCGUAUGAAAGUUUGAGUGGUAAACAGAAAAUGCCACCGGUUUUAAGUAACGCAACGUCAACGCCGUUUCAAAUGCCAACUAUAUUAAUUAACGGAACGCCAGCUUACAAAAAUAAUGUAAAAUCACAAUGUUUGGCAAAACUUAAAUAUACAUCAGAUGAAAUAAUGGCAAUGCCAACAAUAAUUCUUGUUCCUGCAACAGUUUCAGGGACACCACCAAGUUCAACAGAUUCAGCAACACUAGCUCCAAUAUCUGUGGAUCCUAAACCGCUAACAGUUACUUCUAGUGCUUCUCAAGAUUUACUCAAACCACUUUUAAUUGACGUCACAUCCCCAGUUAUUGAACCGCCAGUGAAUUCAUCAAAUAUACCAAGCGGUGAACAAGAUAUUCAAACUGAACAAAGUCUUAUCAAAACAGUGGAAUCUACAGAACAUAUCUUGAAGUCUAGGGAAAAUCCAAUUAGUACCACAACUACUUCAACAUUACCGAAAGCAACUACACCACAAGGUGUAUUUCCCCAUAGAAAAUCAUCAUCAACUCCUCGUAGAAAUUCACAUGUUAGAGUUUUGGAUUUCACAACACCAAGAAGAAUAUUGACUGAAACUAUUAACGAACAAAGUCCAGAAGACCCUGAUCACACAGAAGAUAAUGAAAUAGUUCAAGUACCAUGUAAAGAAUCCCAGGUCCAAGUUGAUGUUGUCCAGGAAGAUAUUAUAAAUAUAGAAAAUACGGAAUGUCCAAAAUUAAAAUCUAACGCAGCAAAAGAAAACAAAGUUAUAACGAAAAAGAAUUGGGAUGCUGAUAUUCGAGCUGCUGCAGUAUGUGGAAUUAACACACCUGUUAAAUCUACACAAAAGUCAAAAUAUAAAACUAAAGAAAAGGCCAUUAAGAAGAAAAAUUCAGAUGAAAAUGAAAUUACGAAAAAAAGAGCAAAUAAGGAUACGAGUAAAGAAAAAAAGAAGAAAGACAAAUCAGAUUCUAACGAUAAUAUAGAUAAAGAUGUUAAUAAAAGUGAACAAUCCCCUCUAGUUGUUAAGGCAAAUGUUAAUAUUAGAUGUGAUAAAAGUAUAGUAGAAGAGAAAAAGAUUAAAGAGGAAAAAAAUACUGUGGAAGAUAAGCAAGUAGAAAGUAAGAAUAUGACAGAAGAUAAAAAGAUUGUAGAAGAUAUAAAGCCCGUAGAAGAUAGAAACGUAAACAAUUUUUAUGGUAGUGUAGACCGAACGGAAACCCCCGAAAGUGAAAGAAUAGCUUUGCAAAAUGUGAUUGGUGCCAAACUAAAUAUAUCAGAUUUAUUAGAAACUCCGUAUAAACAAGUUUUAUAUGAUAUCCAAAUGGAUACACCAAAAUUUUUAGGUACAGAUUUACCUGAUGAACCAAUGUCAGAAGUGAAAAUCAUGAGUAUACCUACACCGAGAUUUCUCCGUGAUUCUAAUGAAAAGAAUUCUACACCAUCAUGUUGUUAUUCUUCUAGACAGACUGAUUAUUCUAGUGGUGGAUCAUAUUACAAACCCGAUGAUCAAGAUUUUAUUAUUUGCACGGAUGUGCCAGAAAGUCCCCUAAGACAAGAAGAAAAGAUACAAUCCAAUACUGAUAUUACAUCAACUAAACAACCUGAAGGAGAUAUUGAGAAACACAAAGAAAGUAAAUCUGGGAGACCUGUGAGACAAUGUAGAAAGAAUGUAUCUUACAAAGAGAGUGUACCUACUAAAGUUACCCCAUUAGAAAGUUCUGAACAGAGUUGUGUAAUCAAUAGUACAGUCGAAAACACUUUAGAUGAUCGCACUACUACUAAAAGUUCCAAAGACGCUACAGUUAAAGAUAAAAGAAAAGAUACAAAUAAAAGUAAGAAACCCGUAAAGAAAAUUAAAUCACCCAUAAAAAGAGAAACUCCAAAAACAUUUAUGAAAAUAAAACCGAGAAGAACUACACCGAUCAAAGAAGUAUUAGGAGGUAAAACUAGAAAAACAUCAGAAUCUUCAAACAAACAGAAAAAGCCCAACAGCAAGGAGAGAAAUGAAAACUUAACUCCUGCAUCCGCAUCGAUCCCUACAAAAUCACGUAGAAAAUCUUCAACGCCUAGAAAACUUCAUUGUACAAAAAUAUUCAACUCUGAAAGUUCCAACCAUACGUCACCUGAAACUGCUAAACCAAAGCAAAACAAGACACAACAAGUUCGUGCUCCUUCUAGAGAAUCCGACAUCGAACAAAAACCUUUAACAUGGUCGGACGAUGGAUCUCAAGACGAGACAUUAACACAACACAAAACUGAUUCCGUAUCACUUACUGAUACUGAUGACAUAUCUAAAAUUAAAGAAUACAUCGAAACAUGCACUACAGAUAAAUCCGAACCUAAAAGUGAAGGUAGUUUGCAUUACGAUUUAAUCAAAAGAGGUUUCGAUGUUGAAACUGCUAAAAUAAUAGAACGAGAUCUAUUAGAUUCACCAUGUUCUAAACGAGAUACAGAAGUACCAACUGAAAGUAAUGAAAUUAAAAUACAGGUUGCUGAAAAUAUUACUGGUAGCGGAGAUUCUUAUAGUCUAAAAGUAGAUGAUGAUGAUGAUGAAGAAAUAGAACUUUCUAUACACGAAUGUAAUGAAGAUACCGUCAACUAUAUUCAUUACGAAUAUAACGCUAAUGAUAAAAUAUCAGGUCAAGAAUCAAAAUUGAAAGAUAACUAUUCAAUGGAGAUUUGUGUAGACGACGGUGUUACGAUUAGAUUGAGAGCGACAACUUUUAACGUGUUGUUAGACCAAGAUCCCCAAGAAAUGGUUAAUUACAGUUACAAAGAGACUGAAAUGGCUGUAUCGUCGAUAUCGAAUUUUGACAAAUUAUAUACACCAUUGAAAGAUCAUAAAGCGCAAAUGUAUGAUAUUUUUGAUUCUACGUUGACUAGUUUGGACACGCCGUUGAAACCCGGCAGUCCUAAGUCACCUGAAUGUGAACGUAACAAUAUUACUGAAAUAUCACUAGAAGUGGAAAAAGUGGAAUAUGUUGAGAAAACUGAUUUAAAAAAGAGGAAACGAUUACAAAGCGGAUCGUCAGAGGAAUCGAUAAAUUGCAUAAAGAAAACAAAAAGAGAUACUCAAUAUCUUUUAAAUACAACGAAUAUCCAAAAUAUUGAUAUUGAGUCGGUUUUAAGUAAAUUACAUGGUCCUUGAGAGUUUGUUAGUAUUUUAGUUGUAACUAUUGGCCUUAUAGAACAUCAUGUAAAACAUAUUUAAAUGUAUAUGCGUAUACUUUUUUAUAAUAACGUACUUAUAUAAGAAUUAUUGAGGAAUCCAUUUAUCAUAUAACGUGUUUGACACAUUGUAAAUAUUUUAAAUUACAUAAAUGAUUCCAAGUGAUUACAAGCCUUACGUUAACACAACACAAAUGAAAAGUAAAUGAUUUAUUCUUUAU